CAGAAGUAUCUGAGAAGAUUAUUAUUUCACCCUUGGACUCAAUAGGAAGGUAUAGCUAAAUAAAGUUGAAGCUUUAACUAAUAUUUCAGAGUGAAAAUGCAGCCUAAAUGAACACCCAGAUGAAGAUGAUAAUCACGAGGACGAGAUGUUUAGGUAAGCCUGUAAUGGCCUAAUUAGUGCUUAAACUGAAUGUUUUUUCAUCAACCGCUUAUUUGGCUUGGAUUAGCACUAGAAAUAUGGAUAACAACUUUAUUUGGAAUCAAUUCUUUCAACUGUCAAAUAAAGUGUGCGUCAAACAAUGAAAAUUACUGUUCCAAGACCAUCAAUAUCCGAAAUAGUAAAAUAAUAAUCAUUAUUGGUUUACAGCAUAUAAUAGAACUUUGCUCCUAACAUUGUUUUUGCAUUUAAAAAAUAGGCACGGGUGACAGCGAAACACUUGUUAUUAGUAGACAGGUCGAUUUUUUUUCAGGGUUUAUUGAAGCAUUUCAAAAAUAGUAUACAUGUUUUUAAUAAACGGUUGUAUUGGAAGCUUAAAUGCCGG